AUGUCGCAGCUCAAACAGCAGCAGAUCCCCGCCCCAGUGGCAGGCAAUGGCACCGACACUGGCCCGCGCCCCGUUGAGGGCCCCAAGACGUUCAUUGACCCGGCAGCCGACACUGUCCUUCGCUCCCGUGAUGGGCGCGACUUCCGCGUCGAUGGAUGGAUGAUCAACGCCAACUGUACCAAGCUCCGCGACCAGGUUGGUAGCGAGAUCGCCCUGGACGCCAGCCGCAAGGUCCUCAAGCUCGUCCCCAACCUCAUGCACAACAUCCCCAUGCCCGCCUCCUUCGUGUGGUCGAUGCACAACGAGCUCUUCGCCCUCUGCGACGAGAUGGGCGCCAACGGUGUUGCCCAGAUCGCGCUCAUCUCGCUCUGCAGUGUGGUUGAGCUCGAUCCCUGGGGCAUGUUCGUCCUCGCGUCGCAGCGUAACCACUUUGCGCUGGCGCGCGCUGCGCUCAGCGCCCUCGCCGCUAGCGAGAACAAGCUUCGCGCCCAGUUGGGCAUGAACGGCACGAAUGGCAUGCACAUGAACGGAUACAUGUACCCGCACAUGCACGGCAACAGUAUGCCUCCCUACGGCACCAAUGGCAUGCCCUACCCCAUGUAUCCCGGCUGGCCCGGCAUGGGCAUGGGUAUGGGCAUGAUGGGUCAGGGCCACAACGGCGGAUAUCCCAUGGGCCACAACUCGCACCACAGUCACAUGCUCAAGCCCGAGCAGAAGAAGGGCAAGAAGAAGAAUGCAAAGGCGCUUGGCGCUGGCGACCUUGACUAUGCCUCGCUCAACCUCAUCAUGAGCAAGGCUGGUAACAGUGACGCCAGCAUCAGCAUGCCGUUCCUCGUCAGCAUGAUGAACAGCCUCUUAACUUCGGCUGCUGGCUCGGGCACCGAGAUCAACUGGGAGGAUGUCGCGCGCAACUUCAAGCCUACUGAGACCCAGCGCGCAUCUUCCAAGCAGGUCGCCAAGGCCGACAACGCCGAGUAG